AUGUACCUGGAAUACGCCAAGAGAGCUGCACCUUUCAACAACUGGAUGGAAGGAGCCAUGGAGGACCUGCAGGACAUGUUCAUAGUCCACACCAUCGAGGAGAUCGAGGGCCUGAUUGCGGCGCAUGAACAGUUUAAGUCCACGCUCCCAGACGCAGACACGGAGCGGAAGGCCAUCCAGGGCAUGCACGAGCAGGUGCGCACCAUCGGCCAGAGCAACAACAUCAAGUUCAGCCUCACCAACCCCUACACCACCAUCACCCCCGACAGCAUUGGCCAGAAGUGGGAACAGCUCCUUUCCCUGUGUCUCCUGUCCCUGUGUCUCCUGUCCCUGUGUCUCCUGUCCCUGUCCCUCCUGUCCCUGUGUCUCCUGUCCCUGUGUCUCCUGUCCCUGUGUCUCCUGUCCCUGUGUCUGCUGUCCCUGUGUCUCCUGUCCCUGUGUCUCCUGUCCCUGUGUCUGCUGUCCCUGUGUCUGCUGUCCCUGUGUCUCCUGUCCCUGUGUCUCCUGUCCCUGUGUCUCCUGUCCCUGUGUCUCCUGUCCCUGUGUCUCCUGUCCCUGUGUCUGCUGUCCCUGUGUCUGCUGUCCCUGUGUCUCCUGUCCUUGUGUCUCCUGUCCCUGUGUCUCCUGUCCCUGUGUCUGCUGUCCCUGUGUCUGCUGUCCCUGUGUCUCCUGUCCUUGUGUCUCCUGUCCUUGUGUCUCCUGUCCUUGUGUCUCCUGUCCUUGUGUCUCCUGUCCCUGUGUCUGCUGUCCCUGUGUCUCCUGUCCCUGUGUCUCCUGUCCCUGUGUCUCCUGUCCCUGUGUCUCCUGUCCUGUGUCUCUGUCCCUGUGUCUGCUGUCCCUGUGUCUGCUGUCCCUGUGUCUGCUGUCCCUGUGUCUCCUGUCCCUGUGUCUCCUGUCCCUGUGUCUGUCCUGUGUUCCCUGUGUCUCUGUCCCUGUGUCUGCUGUCCCUGUGUCUCCUGUCCCUGUGUCUGCUGUCCCUGUGUCUCCUGUCCUGUGUCUGCUGUCCCUGUCCCUGUGUCUGCUGUCCCUGUGUCUCCUGUCCCUGUGUCUCCUGUCCCUGUGUCUGUCCCUGUGUCUCCUGUCCCUGUGUCUCCUGUCCCUGUGUCUCCUGUCCCUGUGUCUGCUGUCCCUGUGUCUCCUGUCCCUGUGUGUGUCUGCUUCCUGUGUCCUUCCUGUGUCUGCUGUCCCUGUGUCUGCUGUCCCUGUGUCUCCUGUCCCUGUGUCUGCUGUCCCUGUGUCUCCUGUCCCUGUGUCUGCUGUCCCUGUGUCUCCUGUCCCUGUGUGUCCUGUCCCUGUGUCUGCUGUCCCUGUGUCUCCUGUCCCUGUGUCUCCUGUCCUGUGUCUGCUGUCCCUGUGUCUCCUGUCCCUGUGUCUGCUGUCCCUGUGUCUCCUGUCCCUGUCUGCUGUCCCUGUGUCUCCUGUCCCUGUGUCUCCUGUCCCUGUGUCUCCUGUCCCUGUGUCUGCUGUCCCUGUGUCUCCUGUCCCUGUGUCUGCUGUCCCUGUCCCUGUGUCUGCUGUCCCUGUGUCCUGUCCCUGUGUCUCCCCUGUGUCUCCUGUCCCUGUGUCUGCUGUCCCUGUGUCUCCUGUCCCUGUGUCUCCUGUCCCUGUGUCUGCUGUCCCUGUGUCUCCUCUGUGCUCCUGUCCCUGUGUCCCUGUGUCUGCUGUCCCUGUGUCUCUGUCCCUGUGUCUGCUGUCCCUGCUGUCCCUGUCUGUGUCCCUGUGGUCUCCUGUGUCUGCUGUCCCCUGUGUCUGCUGUCCCUGUGUCUCCUGCUGUCCCUGUGUCUGCUGUCCCUGUGUCUGCUGUCCCUGUGUCUCCUGUCCCUGUGUCCUCCUGUCCCUGUGUCUCCUGUCCCUGUGUCUGCUGUCCCUGUGUCUCCUGUCCCUGUGUCUCCUGUCCCUGUGUGUCCUGUCCCUGUGUCCUGUCCUGUGUCUCCUGUCCCUGUGUCUGCUGUCCCUGUGUCUGCUGUCCCUGUGUCUCCUGUCCCUGUGUCUCCUGUCCCUGUGUCUCCUGUCCCUGUGUCUGCUGUCCCUGUGUCUCCUGUCCCUGUGUCUCCUGUCCCUGUGUCUCCUGUCCCUGUGUCUCUGUCCCUGUGUCUCCUGUCCCUGUGUCUCCUGUCCCUGUGUCUCCUGUCCCUGUGUCUCCUGUCCCUGUGUCUCCUGUCCCUGUGUCUGCUGUCCCUGUGUCUGCUGUCCCUGUGUCUCCUGUCCCUGUGUCUCCUGUCCCUGUGUCUGCUGUCCCUGUGUCUCCUGUCCCUGUGUCUCCUGUCCCUGUGUCUGCUGUCCCUGUGUCUCCUGUCCCUGUGUCUGCUGUCCCUGUGUCUCCUGUCCCUGUGUCUGCUGUCCCUGUGUCUGUCCCUGUCCCCCCCUGUGUGUCUCCUGUCCCUGUGUCUGCUGUCCCUGUGUCUCCCUGUCCCUGUGUCUGCUGUCCCUGUGUCUCCUGUCCCUGUGUCCUGUCCCUGUCCCUGUGUGUCUCCUGUCCCUGUGUCUGCUGUCCCUGUGUCUCCUGUCCUGUGUCUGCUGUCCCUGUGUCUGCUGUCCCUGUGUCUCCUGUCCCUGUGUCUGCUGUCCCUGUGUCUGCUGUCCCUGUGUCUCCUGUCCCUGUGUCUGCUGUCCCUGUGUCUCCUGUCCCUGUGUCUGCUGUCCCUGUGUCUCCUGUCCCUGUGUCUCCUGUCCCUGUGUCUCCUGUCCCUGUGUGUCUGUGCUGUCCCUGUGUCUCCUGUCCCUGUGUCUGCUGUCCCUGUGUCUCCUGUCCCUGUGUCUGCUGUCCCUGUGUCUGCUGUCCCUGUGUCUCCUGUCCCUGUGUCCCUGUGUCUCCUGUGUCUGCUGUCCCUGUGUCUGCUGUCCCUGUGUCUGCUGUCCCUGUCCCUCCUGUCCCUGUGUCUCCUGUGUCUCCUGUCCCUGUGUCUGCUGUCCCUGUCCCUCCUGUCCCUGUGUCUCCUGUCCCUGUGUCUGCUGUCCCUGUGUCUGCUGUCCCUGUGUCUCCUGUCCCUGUGUCUCCUGUCCCUGUGUCUGCUGUCCCUGUGUCUGCUGUCCCUGUGUCUGCUGUCCCUGUGUCUGCUGUCCCUGUCCCUCCUGUCCCUGUGUCUCCUGUCCCUGUGUCUCCUGUCCCUGUGUCUGCUGUCCCUGUGUCUCCUGUCCCUGUGUCUGCUGUCCCUGUACCUUGCAGCUGGUCCCUCAGAGAGACUCCGCCCCUGUGCUAACACCUUGCAGCUGGUCCCUCAGAGAGACUCCGCCCUCCAGGAGGAGCUGUCUAAACAACAGUCCAAUAACACGCUGCGCUGUCAGUUUGCUGCUCAGGCCAAUGUGGUCGGGCCCUGGAUCAAGCAGAAGAUGGAGGAGAUAGGCAGGAUAUCCAUUGAGAUGAAUGGUACUCUGGAGGACCAGCUGACGAACGUGCGCGACUACAAAGAGGGCAUCACUGAGUACAAGCCCAACAUGGACACGCUCGAGGGCGUCUACAAACUCAUCCAAGAGGCGCUGAUCUUUGACAACAUGUACACGCAGUACACCAUGGAGCACCUGCGUGUGAGCUGGGAGCAGCUGCUGACGACCAUCGCUCGAACCAUCAGUGAAAUCGAAAACCAGAUCCUGACACGAGACGCUAAAGGCAUCAGCCAGGAACAGCUGCACGAGUACAGGGCCUCCUUCAACCACUUCGACAAGUAUCUUUAA